GUUUUGUUAUUUUAUUGAGCCCUAUAUAAACAGCAGUUGUGAAAUGAGCAUUCUUUAUUUUCCUUACAUUUUAGUCUAUUAAUGGUGUUUUCUUAUUUUGAGUAUAAAAAGUGGUAACUACUAUAAUUCUUUUGCACAUAUUAUAUAGAUAUGGUACUCCUUUCUAGCUUAGUCAGAAAUGAUCAUUGAUAACUAAACUUAAUAGACUAAUUCAACUCUGAUUAUUAAAUUUAUCUUGAUUCUUGAUAACACUAUUUAGCAAGACCCUUAGUUCAUUAAGCUUUGUGUGUGGAAUUAAACAAUCAAGUUAGCUUCUGCAAAAGGCGAGUUGAUGAGUGACAUGUUCAGAUUAAUGGUAAGCAAAGCAAAGCAUGUAUGUGGAUGUUUGUUAAAGCAUUUAAGCCUUAGCAAAUUGCUGUUAUUGCUGCCAGGGUUGAGAAAGCAUCCUUGACCUAAGGCAUGACCUUUUCACAGAAUAUUCAUGGUAUUCUACGUACACCAAAGUUGUUUUUUUUUUGGCUCUAAUACCACUAUUAUUGCUGCUAGGGGAAUACAUGCAUGGUAGUUUUUUUGGCUCUGAUACCGCUGUUAUUGCUGCUAGGGUAGAGGAAGUGAUAAGUGAUAGUAUUCUUACUAUAUUCAUGAUUCUCUAUACACCAAAGCUAUACAUGGUAGGAAACCAUACAAGGAAACUAAAUUUGUAAAAAUAAACUCUAUUUAAUAAUCGAUAUUCACAAUGAAAUUUUUGAUUGAGUGAUCAGCCUUCACCACUUAAUAAUUAUUGGGAGGAGAUAGGAAAAUGUUCCUGAAAGUUUUAUUUUAGUUUUUAUAUGAAAAAGGUUAAUAUUUUUAUCUAAUAUAAUUCCUUAUUGGCAAAAAGAACUACCUUUUUUCCUCUAUUAGAUAAGCCAAGUUGAGUUCCGAUGCAGUCACCUAAUCUGUUUCAUCCUUUUUUCCUUUGUUUGUAUGUCUCUGUUAGACCAUAGAUUUUUUUAUUAUCUUUAUCUUGCAGGCACCUCUAAGUAUCCUUUUUAUCUCCUGGUUUUCACAUUUCUGUAAACAAGGAUCAGCAUGAACAACAACCAGUGGGGUUGGAUGUGGUAAGUGCCCCUAAUCUUUUGCCACAAGAUGGGCUACGUUCACCCAGUGCCUUUGUGGAGCUCUCCUUUGAUGAAUAGAAGUUUCAAACCACCAUCAAAGGUUCUUAAUUCUGUUUGGAAUGCGACCUUUUACUUCAAUAUCUCAGAUCCUUAGAACCUCCAUUUAUCUCACACUUGAUGCAUAUGUCUACAAUAAUGUCAGCUACUAACACCAAACCUUUUCUUGGUAAGGUUUCUCUCAUUAGGACGGUUCCCUCUUUUUUGCUUAGAUUAAGUUGUUGAGUUUGAGUAAAAUGUUUCUGGUAGUAAGUAGCCUGGGGAGGAGUGAUAUCUAGGAUUGCAAGCUUUUUAAUUGAGAAAAGAAGGAUUAGUUAGAAUUGGUUUUGUAGGUGUUAAUUACAGUAUCUUCUGUUAUUAUAUUCAAUACUUUGCUUUCUGCAUUAUGCUUGAAUAUUGCAUGACUUACAUUUACUAUGCCCUACGUAGAAAAUGAGC